AUGAAACCAAACAAGAAUCUUUCAAAACUUGAAACAUUUUAUCAAUUCUUCCUUUUCAAUUUCCAUCAACAUCACAUCACGAGCGUUAUGAAUCACUGCAUUAUAAGUUGGAGAAAGGAGAUGCAGAGGAAAGAAAAGGCCAACAAAAACAACAAUCAUUGCAUGCAUACAAUGCUUUUAGCAUGA